GAGAGAGAGAGAGAGAGAGAGAGAGGAGGGACACAUCUUGGUCUUGGCUGGACGGGCAGGCAGCGCUCUCCAGACCCUCUCAAGCUCCCUCUUCUCCUUCCUUCGCAGGAUGCCUUCCUCGGCGCUCGGGCUGGCCUUCCUGGCCUUGCAGCUGUGCCCAGCUGUGCUCGGGGGAGCCUGGCAGCGCUUCGCCGUCUUGGACCGAGGGUGGCCCGUGUUCGCCACCAAGGUUCAGAAUUUUCAAUGGGAGAACUGUGGUCCUUCAUCAGAACCUGCUGGGAUUAAGAGCCUUUCUGUAAGCCCAGAUCCCAUUGCUAUUCCAGGAGAUGUCACAGUCAGUGCAUGUGUCUACACCAGUAUAGGUGUCAUUUCACCUUUGAAGGCAGUAGUUACUCUGGAGAAGAGACUUGGUGAAAUGUGGUUAAAGAUCCCCUGCAUGGAUGAACUUGGGAGCUGCACGUACGACGACAUUUGUGCCAAGCUGGACAGUCUUAUCCCUCCAGGCACUCCAUGUCCAGAACCCUUGCUGAGUUAUGGCAUUCCUUGCCAUUGCCCCUUUAAGGCGGGUACUUACAAUUUGCCAUCCUCUGAUGUCUACAUACCUGACAUAGAGUUACCUUCUUUCCUCACCAACGGAGACUACAGGAUUCAGGUUGUAAUGAGUAAUGGCGAUCAAGAACUUUCCUGCAGCAAGAUCUCCUUCUCCUUACACUCAGGGAAGUGGUGGCUUUGGUGAUCACCAUCCAAGCAUCCUUGGGUCCAAAUGCCAUAUUGCCUUCCUGCUUUUUCUGUCCUGUUGAUAUUAAUACUGAGAAUAAUUUUGCAGCCUUAGGGGGGGGGGUAUUGUUUUUUAUGAUUCCUCUUAAAUCACUUGGAGAAACAACUGGAUGCAAUGAAGAAAGGAUUAUAUAUAUUUUAAUCAGAAAUGUAUGGGCAACCAGUGUUCAUUAAUAGUUUAGGAUAUUUGUCCACAUGGGAGGGUGCAGGAGGAGUAACAUUCAUGGGGUCAGUGCAGUUCCCUAGCAUGCAUACAUGCAGUAAAACAAUACAUGCAUAGUAUUUGCACAUUACAAAAUACAUUGAAUUCCACUGCAUUCCUGGUUCCUCAUAAUGGAGUCUUAGAGAGAUGGGAUAUGGGAAGGGAAUGUGUCCUGAUGACAGGAAUUCACCAAUAUAUACAUGAAGGACGAAGCCAAUUUCUGCUCUUUUGAAUCACAGCUCUGAUUAACCAAGCAGGCCCUAGUACAGAGAAGCUUUGCCUUACCUAGUCCAUCUGUCCAGUUGAGAUGCUCCUUCAUUAUCCUUCAUUCCAUACACUGGAUGAGCAGGCAAUUUUGAGUGCUCCUUUAAUCUCACCUUGUGCUUCCUGGGUAUCGCUUUCCAAGGGUGGGACAGUGGAGCCAAGUGAAAGAAGACAAUGAAAGAGGAAGUCGGGGACUCAUCCACCUCUGAAAAACCACCAACUUUCAAUAUCCACAAUCUGCUAGAGAUCAUGAACAAUUGUUUCACUUACCCAGCUUUGUCUUGGACGAUAGACUUGUUUUCUGAAUGUAAUAUUGGUGUUUGCUUGGGGAAAAGUAGCUUGGAAUGUAAAGCAAGCAUCAAAGGCAAAAAUGCAGUUUCAAAAAGUUUGAGAAGCACUGCCUUCUGCCCUAUGAUGCGGAAAUAUGGUGUUGUUGUUUUUUAACUUCCUCAACACUUUGCAAUGUUAUUGGUUGCAAAGGAGAUGGGAAUGGGACUUUUCUUUCAGUUUGUCUCUGGGAGCUCUCAAUUGAGAAUCAAAAAUUUCUGAAAGGAUAUAUCUAGAGCAGUGGUUCUUAACUUUUUCUUUGUCACAGACCCUCUUUAAAUAUAUUUUGUUGCUGUGGACCAUUAAUUAUACAAUUCUCCAAGCUGAGCUGACUAGAUCUUGUCUCCUCGCUCCACACCGCCAUGUCUUUUGGUCACUAAAGUUGCAUUUCUACCACUGUCAGUCGUAGUGGAGCAAGGGGUCUGUCGACCACAGGUUAAGAACUGCUGAUUUAGAGUAUUUGUGUGUGUACCAAUGAAUAAAGUGGCACCUUUCCUUCUAUUUCGGAUUUCGUUUCUUCUCAUCUAACUAGAAGAAGAAAGAUGUUUGUUGACCUUCCAUUUCCUAAGGAACCAAUUGAACCCAUGUUCUGAUAGAAGUCCUAAAACUCAAGGGAAUAUUUUAAGCAAUCUGACUGUCUUGUGAAUAUUGGAAGCACAAGUUACCAAGCUGUUAUUAAUGAAAUAUGAUGUACAGUUGCUAUAUUACAUGCUGACAGUUUGCGUACCAUGUUUUGUUCUCUUUGACAGAUGGUUAGAUUUGUUUUGUUUACAAUAUUAUUUGCCGUGUGGAUCUGAGAGGCUAUGAACAAAUAUACUUGAUAUAUGUUACAUGGGAUGGAUUGGCAAAAGGCUGCUCCAGCUGGAGAGAAUAUCUAAUCUCAAUCUUUUAGAGUUUAUCUGAUAGACAUAAGAGUUAAUCCCUGUAGUGUUUCUGAUUGGUUGGAGACACUGGGAACUCUUCCCUAAACACGAAUGUAGGAUUGAAUAUUUAGAUGCAUUCAGGCUUUUUCUCUCACCCUAGCUUUUCUUAAAUUUGUACAGCACUCAUCAUAGGCACUGCAGAUUCCUGUGAAUUUAUACCUGUAGGCAUCAUCACAGGUGAUAUUACAUACAUUGUCCUAGAUGUCAAUAAACACAAACAUAAUUCUGCCUUUUGCAUUUUAA